AUGAAUCGGAUAUUCGGGGUCGGUAAGAAGAAGGAAGCUCCCCCAGCCCCGACAGGGCCGUCUCUGGCGGAGACUAGUGAACAUUUAGACAGCCGAGUUGAACUGUUGGAUAAGAAAAUUAAACAGUGUGAUGAGGAGCUGAUCAAGUACAAGCAGCAAAUGGCCACUAGGUCCGGUGCGGCCGGGGCGAAACAACGGGCGUUGGCGGUACUGAAAAGGAAGAAGAUGUAUGAGGGUCAGAGGGACCAGAUGAUGAACACACAGUUCAAUGUGGACCAGAUGAACGACUUCAACAUCGACCAUGUCGAGGAUGUUGUUGACGAUAUGGCAGAUAUAAUGAUGGAUCAGGAGGAGAUCAAUGACAUUUUGGGUAGAAGUUAUAAUCUCCCCGAGGGAUGCGAUGAUGCCUCUCUGGAAGCUGAGUUUUCUAUGCUGGAAGAAGAGGUCGCCAUGGAUAAGGAGAAUGAGCUUCGGGCGGUAGUGAGAGGGUCAGGGACUCGAUCGUUAGCGAAGUUCUGUUGCCGUCUCAGGGACCAUCAGCUCCGACCUACCUACCAACUGCUUUACCGGGAGGAGAGCAACAGGCAACAACGACGACCACCGCUGCUGCUGAGACUUCAGCAACUCAUUUAG